AGUCAGCUUUUCACUCAACGCCAAUCAGUUGAUUUUGAUACGGUUAACGUAAACUCUGGUUAGUAGUAAUUAUAUGAUGGGACGUUUUCUAAGUCAUCCCGUCCACUGAUUCCUGUUCUGGCUGCCACAUGAAAACGGCUCGUCGACUCGAGACUGUAGCUUUCUCACAGUGCUGCCCAAUAAAGUGCUUUUAAGAGAUGCUGAACCAAAGCACAUUCAUUGAGGACUUUCAAGCACCAGAUUAAAGGAAACGCAGCCUGAAUUUGUCUACCUCCAUCUUCAGUUAUCCACAGUCUCAGAAGAAAAAAAACAUGGCGUUUUUAAUGAAAAAGAAGAAGUUCAAGUUUCAGAUACACUUCACCCUGGAGGAGCUCACGGCUGUGCCGUUUGUGAAUGGGAUGCUCUUCUGCAAAAUCAGACUGUUGGAUGGUGGAGACUUUUCCAUUUCUUCAUCCAGGCAGGAGGUUCAGGAGAACUGUGUUCGCUGGCGAAAGAAGUUUUCCUUUGUGUGUAAAAUGAGUGCCAGUCCUGCCACAGGGGUCCUGGAUCCCUGCAUUUGCCGAGUGUCUGUGCGUAAGGAACUGAAAGGUGGAAAGGCUUUUUCAAAGCUGGGCUUUGCUGACCUCAACUUGGCGGAGUUUGCUGGUUCAGGCUCCACUGUUCGCUGCUGUAUACUGGAGGGCUACGACACAAAGAACACUCGACAAGACAACUCCAUACUCAAGGUUACCAUUGGCAUGACUUUGCUCUCUGGAGAUCCCUGCUUCAAAACGCCUGUGAGCACAGCUAAGACCAUUGCCAUGGCUGGCCAGGACCCCUCUCUGCAGCUGGACCGCAAGGGAGAGGGCACCGCUGACCACCCUGUGCCAACCCUCAGCCGCAACACUCGCAGAUCAAUCAAAAGCAGGACCCCGCUGAACAACUCUGGAGGCCUUCAGGAGGGAUUGGAGGAGAACCUGUCCAGUCCUGAUGAAGUGUUUCACAAUGGACACUCACGAAACUCCAGCUUUGCCAGCCAACAGAGCAAAAUCUCAGGCUGCAGCGCAGAGCACUCACACUCCUCCAGCCUGACAGAUCUGUCCCAGCACCGGCGCAACACCUCCACCAGCAGCAGCAACACAUCAGGAGGCACGUCUACAACUGUGGAGAGCCCAGCAGACCAAGAGAAAGAGCUGCUGAAACCAGAAAGACCCCCUCGGCCCCCACGACCCACUCUGCCCCUAAACAGACUCUCAAGGAGGAAGAAGGACUCUGUAGAAAAUCAUCCCACAUGGGUUGACGACACGCGCAUCGAUGCAGAUGAUAUUGUGGAGAAGAUUGUCCAGAGUCAAAACUUUGCCGAUGUCAGCAACAAUGAAGACAGCAAUUUAACACUGUUUAUCAGCAGAGAUGGGACCACAGCAUUGAGUGGCAUCCAGCUUGUCAACAGGGUGUCUGCAGGUGUUUUUGAACCGGUGGUGAUCGAGAGCCAUUAGAUCUGCAGUGUUAGUGGUCACUCUCUUGCACAGCCACUGCCUUUUUUUGUUUUUUUUAAUGAUGGAGAAAGCAAGACAAGGACUGGACUUCACAACUCGCCCCUCUUAUAAGAGUCUGACAUUUUACUCGUAUAUUAUUACAACCCUUACAUACUGAUCAUGCAGUACAAUUACUGACAAAAAUGUCUUGGGAAUUUUUUCGAAAAAGUUCAUUGUCCUUAGAAUUAUUUUACAGAAGAUUCUGAGAGAACAAACUACUUGAAAUGCCUUAAGAAGUGAGGCAGGAUGGGGAGCUUAAGUCGAACACUGUGAAAUAUGAGGGAAGUCCAAAGGAUUUAGACUGAAAAUUAAGUUCAUAGUUUUAUUGAAAUUUUAUUUCAUGUUUGAAAGUGGGAAGUCUUAAUGUCUUAAGUUAGUUUUUUAAGCAUUUACACCCCUAUUAUAUACAAACCACUGAGUUUAGUCAGUAAGCAGCCCUUUAACGUGUGAGGAAUGUUGAUUAAGUAUGUAUGGCUGGCCAUAUAAACAUUCUGAGGCAAAGAAAAAACAGUUCCUCCAUGUGACCAUUUUCAGUAUCUCAUUGCUUGUGCUUGUUCAUCAGAGUUGGGCAGUGGUUUGCUUACAUAUUUCCCAGCUGGACUGGUGAACAUGAAAUACAUUAAUAUACUGUAUCUCCCCCCUUCCUUUUUUCCCCCUCUUUCUCUUUACUCUUUAAGAUUUGAAGUUUAAUACAAACUUCGUCUUUCCAACUUUCUGUUUUCCUUUUUAAGUUUUGCAUUUUGCUGCUGGUUUCAGUUUAGAAAAAUCGUGUGACUAUGACUUUGUCUCUGGCAGCACUGCAAUGCAUGCAACACAGCACAACAGGCCAUUUGUGGUGUUUGUUUGCUAGGGUUUUGUCACAGUCAGAUCAGAUGCCAGUGAGAUCCUGCAUUGUGUGGCUAUAAUGGGGUCUAAUGAAAUAAUUUUUUAAAACUUUUUUAGAUUUCCCCUUUUAAGUUAAACAAAAAA